UAGAGUCUCACGGCAGGCUAGCGCGUGCGUAAAGGCGCGCGCUCUCACUCCACCUGCCGCACGGCUUUUUGCUGCGCACGAGAACUUGCGCGCUUUACAAGAGACACGGGACGUUUAUGGAUCAAAAUAAGUUCGAAAGCGACUUUUUUUUAAGUACUUGCGAUAAGCAGUGACUUAUCUUUCCGAAUGCUUCUUAUGGACAUGCGCAUGCGCUGGAGAAAAGUGGAUUUAAAACAUCUUCGGCUCUGUACUGCUCUGUUAAUGAAACUUACGCCGUGAAGGGCCUCUUCUUGGCCUCGGACCCUCACAGCUGAUGGAAGUCUUGGAGGAAUAUCUUUAUAAUGAUAGCUUCUUCAAAAAUAGCCUCAGUGGCCUCAACACUACAGAUGGAGGCAGAAGACAUCAGUACAAUUAUUACGCCAUGCUACUCACACUGCUCAUUUUUGUGAUUGUCUUCGGAAAUGUACUCGUGUGCAUGGCCGUGUCUAGAGAGAAAGCUUUACAGACCACGACUAACUACCUGAUAGUGAGCUUGGCUGUGGCUGACCUGCUGGUUGCGACUCUGGUUAUGCCUUGGGUGGUAUAUCUUGAGGUGGUGGGAGAAUGGAGAUUUAGCACAAUCCACUGUGACAUCUUUGUCACGCUUGAUGUUAUGAUGUGCACAGCAAGCAUCCUUAAUCUCUGUGCCAUUAGUAUUGAUAGGUAUACAGCAGUUGCGAUGCCAAUGUUGUAUAAUACACGCUACAGCUCCAAGAGGAGAGUCACAGUCAUGAUCUCAGUAGUGUGGAUACUGUCCUUUGCCAUUUCAUGCCCCCUGCUGUUUGGACUCAACAACACAGAGAGCCACGAUGAAGCUCUCUGUGUAAUCGCGAACCCUGCCUUUGUAGUCUACUCUUCUGUUGUGUCCUUCUACGUUCCAUUCAUCAUCACCCUGCUCGUGUACGUGCAGAUCUACGUAGUGCUACGUAGACGGCGUAAACGUGUCAGCACAAAGCGCACCUACCCAAGCAGCAACAUGGACAUGGGCACUUUAAAGAAAUGCACUCACCCUGAUGAUGUGAAGCUGUGCACCGUCGCUGUGAAGUCCAAUGGGAAUUUUCCUGUUCAUAACAAAAAUAUUUUCAUAAAGGAUGUGGCCAAUAAUGAAAAUGAAAGCCAAAUAGAGGAAAUUACAAACCUUAAUCCUCCAAAACAGCGGACACUUGAGCAGACCGGUGAGAGCCAGCAUGGGCUUCUGCUUGGUUCAAACCACACUGAAGUAGAUAUAGCACCCUCCACAACUGAGCUCAAGCCAGCACGGAAUGGAAAGAACUACGACGCCUCCAAAAUGGCUAAAGUGUUUGAGACACAGGUGUCUCCCAGUGGCAAAAUGCAGACGUCAGUGAAGUCCAUAAGCAAGCGCAAAAUCUCUCAGCAGAAAGAGAAGAAAGCUACUCAGAUGUUGGCCAUUGUACUCGGUGUGUUUAUUAUAUGCUGGCUGCCGUUCUUCAUCACGCACAUAGUGAAUACGUACUGUCACGUCCCAGCAGAACUCUACACAGCUUUUACCUGGCUCGGUUACGUCAACAGCGCAGUGAACCCCAUCAUAUACACCACCUUCAAUAUUGAAUUCCGCAAGGCUUUCAUUAAGAUCCUGCACUGCUGAGAGCGGACUUAUCCAGACGUGAAGAAAGACACAGCUUAUCCACAUACAGCCUGCAUAAAGAUCCUUCCUGAAGACUGUUCUAAAAGGAGACUGAACUUGAAGGAGACUUCUGGAAAUGACACCAAUGUACAUACUGUAUGCAGUUCAGGAUGUAUUAUUAACCCAAGCAAUUCUCCAAGUUUCAUCUCAUGCACCAAUAAGAAUUUUUUGGAUAAUGGCUACAGAAAUGUUUUUCAGUAUAUCUUUGACAGUAUUAUUUUUGUUUUUACACGAUAAAGGUAAAUUAAGCAUCAUUUAGAUUAUAUUAUUGCAGUCUUCAUAGUGGAGGUAAAAUACAGCAUACAAGUGUUGAUGCUCAGCUGACAACCAAUUAUAUAUUUACAUGUGUAUAUAAAUGUAAUAUGCACAACAACAAAAUGUGGAAAUAUGGAUCCUCAUGUACAUUGUAGUGCUGUGCAUUUAGUCUCAGUUAUCACUAUGAAGAGACAGUCAGUUUUUUUUUACUUGACAAUUGAUGAUUUGGUCUUCAGGGUAAAACUGAUCACAUGAUUUGUAAUUUGGUCAGAGUUUAAUUUCAUAUGAACAAAAUCAUAAGGAAAGGUACAAAGGGUAACCACAACCCCAACAUGGUGUAUAGUGUGUGGGAGGAAAAUGCCACUCAACCCAAUUAACCCAGUUUGCAAAAAUUGUGCAGAUUUAUUGUAAGGUAUUGUUUAUAUAUGCUAUUUUAAGAACAUCUGUUCAAUGUGAUAAGCCUGCUUUGAAAAAAAUAGAGCAUGUUUUUUUCACAUGUACCAUCAUAUAAGCAGAUACACUUAAGGUCUGCA